GGUUGUCACUUAACUUUUAGUGGAGUCACAUGAGCUUUUCUGUUGUCUUCUACACUUUUUUCUUGGAAUUGUUCGUAGUUGUGUUUGGAAAAUCUUCCUUUUCAAGUUGUCCCAGUCCUCUUGGACUGCUUUUCCCUUGAAAGUGAAUUGCCAUGGUAUUUCAUUUAUCAUUUUUCUGAGUUUGUCAAAGUCGGCUUUCUUGAAGUGAAAAUAUGUGUUUGGAGACCUUUUGUCUCCUUUCUAAUUGAGAAUUCAAGUGCAUGGUCACUCUCCCCCAGAGUUCCCCUGGUUGCUCUUUUGUCCACCAGGCCAUUCCUAUUAGUAUUAAAUCAAGGAUAGCUGAUCCUCUCAUUCCUUCCUCUACCUUCUGCUGGAGGAAGUUGAUGGCAAUGCAUGUUAGGAAUCUCUUGAAGGGGCCACAUUUGGCAGAAAUUUACUGCCAGCAUAUAUCCCCCCAACCACAUGUUGGGGAUUACAUGAGCGGAGCCAGCUGGAACUGGGGGUCAGACUAGAUGGCCCAGGAGACCCCUUUUGAUUCACUUUUUUCUAUGGUUCUAUAUUCUGUGUUUCUAUAUCAGGGAAGUUGAAGUCCUCCAUGAUGACUGCAUCGUUUGUCUUGAAAAUGCUGGCAAGUUGCUUUUCAAAGGAGCUGGAUGCCUCCUCAGAUAAACUACCUCCAGGGCUUGUCCCGUCCGCUUCCAUAGGGCCAACAUUCCACUACCUGUUCGCCAAGAAGCUGCUGGAAGCUGCCAGCACCCUCCCUGCACUGUCUGUGCCUGCUGGGAGCAACUUGGCUGUUAGCAGCCCUGCUGAACUGACAACCAGACGUCACCUGCCGACAUGCGCUCCAGAGACAAGGGCACUUUCUCCUCCUGCUGCGCUCUCCCUGCUAGAAGGCAUGGAUGAUGCUGUCACCCUGGUGAAUGGGAGGCAAGAGGACGACAUUGUGGUGCGUGAAAGUGAGGGCCUGGACGGCGCCUCUUUGGACUCUCUGCACAGCCUCUUCCAUGGCUGGCAAUACCGAUCCCCAUACCAGGCUCCUGAGGUAGCAGUGGGUCCCCUUGCACCCUUCCAAGCCACUACUGGGGCCCUCUCCCCAGUCAGUUCUCCAGACAGCAAAGACCCUAGCAUGGAGGAGCACCUUGCAGUCAUGCACCAGAAACUGCGGGAAGAGUUACCAUACUUCUUUGUGAAGGCACACAACUAUGAAAAGUAUUCCCAGGAUGUUGAGUUCAUCAAUGAGAUUCUGCACCUGAGAACACGUGGCAAACUCAUGUACCAGGUGUCACUAUCCUUGUGCCGCUUUGUAGCCUGGAACUACUUUGCAGUUCUGAACAUGGAGGUGCUGAAUGUGACACAGCAUCCAGAGAAUUGGAGCAUUCAAGCCCGGUGGCGAAUUACAGGGCUGCCUUUCCAUGUUCUCCUGUUCCGCUUCUAUAAGAAAGAUAAAAGUGAGUUUUACAGAACCUAUGAUGCCUAUUCCACAUUUUUCCUAAAUUCACAAGGGCUAAUUAACUGUCACAAGGUCAGCAAGCUCAUGCCAUCCCAGCCUCUUCUGAACAAGCAGCAAAAGCUGGUUGUAGCAUCCUUAUUAGGCCUGGAAUUAGCAGAUGAGAGACCACCGUUGCUGCUGUUCUUGGCUGGCAAGCAGCAGGAAACGCCAGUGAGUUGUAGGGAUCACUGAAGCCCAGCCUGCUGUCACUAUUUCUCUGCUCAUCUGGCACACCACAGUGUGUGGCAAGGAAAAUGCCACUAGCAACUCCUUGUGCAUCCAUGUUGCCUCUUGUAUAAAUAGUGUGGGCCUUGCCUCAUGUUGCUGCUGUGAAUUGCAUCGGCAAGCACUGUAAAGUUGGUUGUAAUUUAAUCUGUAUAUAAUAAAAGGUUUAUGUUGAAAAUA